GGGUUCAUGUGCACAGAAUGACGUCGCACUGCAAGUCUGUCUGACUCCUUCGCUGUUUUUAUCAGUCAUUCUAUCGAAGGGCUAGAAAAUCAUAAAUCUGCGGAAUUAUGGUCCGAAUGUGAGAAUAUCUGAUGCGUCCGAUCUAUAUGUCGCUCUCGGUCGGUGUGUCAAAGCAGCGUCUUGAUGUUGAGGAUUACGAGUGAUAUAGGCUACGCAGCUCAGCAGAGUUCUAGCCUACUGUUCUGUGCGUUGAGCUGUCAGAACUGAAACUAGUGGAUGUAUGGCAAGAGACAAUGCAGAAUAGCUGAUGAGGGGGAUAUUGUAAAGAAGAAGAUAUAAGGUAUAGGCUUGGUUUCGUGUCUUUAUUCUCUCUUCUGGAUUAUUGCCGCCCAGCAACACAGCCACUUGACAAAUCUGAAUGUCGUAAUUAAGGUAAGGGCGCCGAAUGAUAUAGCUCGAGGUAAAUCAAUGACCCAACGAUGGAGACCAAAAGAUACCCAAGUUUCUUCGAAGGAUCCACGGACACAGAGAAGAACAGAUGGUCCCAUGUCCCCAGCAGUGCCAUGGACUACUGCUGCAGCGGAGCCGAGGAGGCCGACAGCCUGAACCUGAACAGCAACAGUGAUGUCCUGAUGGACAUAGUCAAUGUCAGCUGCUCUCCCAGCAGCAACACAGCCGACAGCAAGGAGAGUAACAAUAACAACGAAGAGAAGAAGAAGCCAGAGCAGCAGCCUACUCUCAAACUGACCCAGAACCAACACCAGCCUUUUGUUCUCCCCCUCUUCAACAGUUCCCUCCAUGGGAGGAAGCCAGAGAUGAUGGACUCCAAGGAGCUGUCCAAAACUGUGGCUGAGUCCAUGGGCUUGUAUAUGAACGCGGCCAGGGAGGCCACAGACUUUGGCGGCUUCGGCCAACAGGGGGGUCAUUGUAGUCCGGGGAAGAUGUACCCAGCGGGAGUUUGCGGGCGCCCCUGUCUCGAGGACAGCCAGUGUGCUGCGUCCGGGGGGAGCCCCAAGUUGAAGUCCCCUUCUACUGGGUUCCCGAAGCAGCCUAGCUCCACCCCAGGGGAUUGCUGCUCAUCUGGAACCCCAGCAGGGUCAGCCGUCUUGGGCUUGUCUCUGUCCUGCAGCCCCCAGACGCCCAGCUCCAUCUCCAGCCCCGGGGGCAGCAACAAUCUAGUUUCGUCCACCACCAGCCCCACCUGCUUUGGGGGGCCGUUCGCCUGUACGACUAUCAGUAACCCCGUCAACCAGCAUAACGCUGCCGGACCAGCUCUGGCCCACAACCACGUCCACAGGAGGAACUCUGCCACCUGCAGCCCGGCAGGCUCCAGCACGGUGGGGUCACCUCCGCUCACCAGCCCCCUCAACGUGAUGCGCUCGCCCAUCUCCAGCCCUCAAAGCAUGAGCAGCGUGCUCUCCCCACCGUCAUGCAGCACCUCUACCAACAUGAGGUCAUCGUCUGUCUCCAGCCCCACUGGCAGCACCAACAUGAGGGCUUCAUUGUCUAUCUCCAGUCCGACCACCGGGGGCCCCAUGGCAAUGUCCUCGAGCCCCAGGAACCCCUCUGGCGGCGGGUGUGGGUUUGCUGUGUCCAGCCCUGCUAGUGAACUGGGCCUGGUCCAAAAUGACUCCAACAGUCCCGAGGGACGAAGAGACCAGCAGGACUUCAAGGAGUUUGAGUUCCCCAAGGUGGAGAGUGUGGACGGGGAGAUGUUCAACGUAGGCCUGGACCACAUGGGUAUGGUAAAGUUCAUCAAGAAUGAACCCGACACGGACUAUAGGAGCAUGUGUCUGGGUAAUGGUAGCAACAACACAAAGUGUAACCAGGCCACCGGCUGCCCCGGCAAUGGCUCACCUUUCAUCACACAGGUAAAAAGUGAGCCAAACAAAGAUGGCGGCGGAUGCAUGAAUCCUCAGUGCUACACUGAGCAGCAGCAGCAACACUCUAUGGGUCUCUUCCAGUCAGGUCCGUCCGAGAUUACCUACUUGUCCCUGAGGGACAACAUUGACGAAUACAGUCUCUCUGGGAUCUUGGGUCCUCCGGGCACGGAGAUGAAUGGCAGUUACGAAGCCGGCGUGUUCCCCCACAAUCUCCUGUCUAAAGUUAAACAAGAGAACAACGAUGGCAGCUACUACCAAGAGAACAACAACAACGUUGUGCCCACCUCGGCCAUUGUGGGUGUUAAUUCAGGCGGACACUCGUUUCACUACCAGAUCGGAGCGCAGGGGACAAUGUCUUUCUCACGGCACGACCCAAGGGAUCACGGGACGAACCCCUUGUUGAAUCUAAUUUCGCCUGUUACCGCGUUAAUGGAGUCGUGGAAAUCCCGGCCCGGCAUGUCGCAGGGUCCAAGAGGAGAGGGCUAUCCAGGUCACGGCUGCAUGCCAGACAGCAUGUCAAGCGCGUCGCUGAGACACCCGUCGUCCACAGCCAAAGUGUGUCUGGUUUGCGGGGACGAGGCGUCGGGAUGUCACUACGGGGUUGUUACAUGCGGCAGCUGCAAGGUCUUCUUCAAGAGAGCCGUAGAAGGUAGGAAAAGCCAGCACAACUACCUGUGUGCCGGAAGAAAUGACUGUAUCAUCGAUAAGAUCCGGAGGAAAAACUGUCCGGCCUGUCGAGUACGGAAGUGUCUCCAAGCCGGGAUGAAUCUCGGAGCGCGGAAGUCUAAGAAGCUAGGCAAGCUGAAGGGUGUGAACGAAGACUCGACCCCCACCAAGGAAGGGGGGCAGACGUGCCCUGGAUCUGGAGGUGGAGGGGGGUACUUGUCCUCGGGAGAGAAGGAGCUGAGCACCAGCCCCACUAAUGCCCUGGUGCCCCACGGCCCUGGAGGGGGGCUGAUGACCCCCUACCUGCCCCCCUCCAUCUGCAGCGUGUUGGAGCUGAUUGAGCCAGAGGUGGUGUUUGCGGGCUACGACAACACCCAGCCUGACACCACCGACCACCUGCUGUCCAGCCUCAACCAGCUGGCUGGGAAACAGAUGAUCCGCGUGGUCAAGUGGGCCAAAGUACUUCCAGGUUUCCGGGGCCUGCCCAUAGAGGACCAAAUCACCCUGAUCCAGUACUCUUGGAUGUGUCUGUCCUCCUUCAGUCUCAGCUGGAGGUCCUACAAACACACCAACGGACAGAUGCUCUACUUCGCCCCCGACCUCGUCUUCAACGAGGACCGCAUGCAGCAGUCAGCCAUGUACGACCUGUGUCUGGGCAUGAGGCAGGUGAGCCAGGAGUUUGUCAGGCUGCAGCUCACCUACCAAGAGUUCCUCUCCAUGAAAGUGUUGCUGCUGCUCAGCACAGUUCCCAAAGAGGGUCUAAAGAACCAGGCAGCGUUUGAGGAGAUGAGAGUGAACUACAUCAAGGAGCUGAGGAGGUCUGUGGGCAAGGCCACCAACAACUCUGGACAGACGUGGCAACGCUUCUUCCAGCUCACCAAGCUACUGGACGCCAUGCAUGAUCUGGUGGGGAACCUGCUUGACUUCUGUUUCUACACGUUCCGUGAGUCUCAGGCUCUGAAGGUGGAGUUUCCAGAGAUGCUGGUGGAGAUAAUCAGUGACCAGAUACCAAAGGUGGAGUCGGGCAACACACACACCCUCUACUUCCACAAGAAGUGACUGUACUGAGUCCUUGGGAGGAAGAGAGGAGAGAGAAUUAAAUAACGAGAGGGGGAGGAAUGGGAGAGGAGGAAGGCCAAGGAAGGACCCUAGCCUCAGGAGUGGCCUAACUACUAUGCCAGCCAGUCAACCUGCUGCCCCCUCCCCUUUCACAAAUGAGAGAGGAAGUGACACAUGAGGGGCAGGAAGUGAGGUGGAGAAAGUUGAGUCCCCCACACUGCAAUCUCCGUCCGCCGGUUAGAGAGGUGACGCUGAGUGAGUGACAUCUCAGCACCAAGGAAAACGCACUGAGGACGACUUUUUAAAAUGUGACAAAAAAGCAUCCCGACCCUUAGCGUGCCCCCCCAAAGACAAUGAUGAUGAUGUUUUUCUAUGGAUUCGAAGCCAUACAUUUUUUUGGUUGCGCUAGUCCAUACAUUCACACAGACCCACGUGUACAGUAAUGCAGCACGCACACAGGUAGACAGUAACACACACCAUCUUACCAUCCUGAAAAAUGUCAGAUGAUAACUGUGCUUUUGCAUUGAUUCAUGGAUAUUAGUUCUACUACUCUGACAAUAUGGAAAACAAUGCUUAGAUGUUGCUAUGCAGUGUAUUUUCAUUAGGUUACAUGGCAACAUAUACUUUUUUCAUGACAAAGACUAAAUGUAGGGUUUCUGUGAGAGGAUCAAGGUCUAUUUGAACAUACUCCAAGGGCUAUACAAGCUUAACAAUAAACUGAAUAGUUGCUUAAAGAGCUAACUAAUUCCACUUUUGUUCUGCAGUGGUGUGCAUUACAACACCCAAAUGCCCGCAUAACUAAAAUUGUUUUAACGUUGUAUAACGAUCAAAAACGUAAACUCUUAUUAAUAUGCAAAAACUUCAAAAUGAAGAAUUUUCAAAAGUAUGGUGUUUUGUGUGAUCCAGUGUGAAAAAAGUUGAAUAACAGUUAAAAGUGAAUCUGCCAUGUCAUACGUGAAGGCUUUCUGAUAUGUAGAUGAUUAACUACGCAACAUUUGUCAGUAGAUUAAUUCCAUCCAAAAUAGGUGCGGGAGUAUGGAAACACCUGAUAGAUUCACAAUGACGACUUUCCCUCACAUCGUAACGGCGGUACACCCAGUUAGUUAUCCAGGGGUUCUCAACUUUUUGGGGCUGUGACCUCUUUUUUCAUAGCAAAUUCAUCAGGAACCCAUUCAUAAAUCAGAACACAACUCUAAUGACUAAAAAUAGCGUAAAAUGAUUUUUACUAGGACUUUGGCUGUGCAUGGCUGGACGAACCAAGUCUUGGGCCCUGGGAAAGACCAUUUUAAAAGGCCCUUGGCAUCGGAGAGAAAACGUUGCCGUUUUCAAGCUAAUUUCCUGCAAUUCUACACAUUUUGUCAUGGGGCCGAUUUGUUGUUGUAGCUUUAAAGUUAAUAUCCUGAAAUUCUACACAUUUUCCACAAGGCAGAGAGAAACCUUAGCUGUUUAAAGCUUGAAUGACAGUGCAUAUAAAAAAAAAACAUUUUUGGGGAAUACAAGCAUAAUUAAUAUUGAAUAUUGAUAAUUGGUUGAGUACUGUGGAUACCAAUAUCCCUGUGAGCCUCCCAGGCCUAUGUUCCCCAGGGUUAAGAACAUCAGUUGUACAGUAGAUUAAUAUGUAUUACACCCUUUAUAUAGUAUUAUUCCACAGAUCCCUUGGCCCAGAUUUGUUUAAUCUGUUAGUAAUAAUAAAAGUACAAAAAGAAAUGAUAUAUUUUGAGAUGUGGAGCCCACUUUGAGAACCCCUGAGUUAUACAGUAUAGUUAAAACAUCAGAGCACCCAUUUCUUGGUCUAUUUCUACGUACUUACAGUGCAUCCAAACCAGCACCCUUUGUGAAGUCAACCGACACUUAUCUACCGUUUCCAGAAAUAAUAAUGAAGCAUUUGUGUUGUUGCAAAGGUUUUCGGUUUCAUAAACCAGACAUUUUACACCUAAGGUGCUUCUUUUUGUAAACGUAAAGAUGAAAUAACACUUUUCUGGUAACUAACACAUGUACAAUUAUCAGCAUUAGAUACAGGGUUGGGUAGGUUACUUUCUAAAUGUAAUCUGUUACAGUUACUAGCUACCUGUCCAAAAUGUUAAUCAGUAACGUAAUUUUGGUAUUACCCAAACUCAGUAACGCAAUCUGAUUACUUUCUCCUUAAGAGACAUUAGAUGAUGACAAAAAUAGUCCAUCAAACGCAUUGUGUGUGUCAUCAGUGGUCUCCGACUUGUGAUCAGAUCCGCUCAGGUGGAACUUAAACUUGCCUUUCUCAUAGAGAAAACGGAAAGGUGUCGUAAUGGAUUUUUUUUUCACAAACAUCCAUUCUGAAUUUAAAAGUAAUCCAAUAAGUAAUCAUCUGUUUUUAAAAGUAGGCAUCCGUAAUCGGAUAACAACAUUUGUGCUGGUAAAGUAACUGAUUAUAGUUGCAUUUUUUUGUAAUCAGAUUACAUGUAACUCUCCAACCCUGAUUAGAUACAAUAACCUUCAAACAUACUGUAUGGCGUUGAUAUAGGAACUGGAUGUUGGAAAAUGCCAUUACUCUACAGUCACAGUGCUUUCAGUAAAUGCAUAAUGUAUUCAAAUUUACCUGGCAAGUGGCAAAUACAUACAGUAAAUGCAAUGGCACUUGCUUAGGUUACAGUCACAUUUCCCCCACUGUUGUACAGAAACUGUUUUGGAAGUACAUGUUGAUACUGCUGAUAAAUGAUUGACUCAUUGCAUUGGCCACCUGUCCUGAUUUUGUGUUGUCCAUCUUGUCUUUGGGCCAACUCUAGAUGUAUGGCCAGUCAUCUGGACCAUUCUUACCAGACCUGGGUUCAAACAUGAUUCAAAACCUUUCAAACUACUUUGAGCAUUUGCUUUAGUCUGCCGGGACUGGCAGGUGGGUGGGGUUUGCAUUUUUUGGGAAAUUUCAAUUUGUUCUAUUGCAAAAGUCAAGCUCAAUUAAGUACAGCUAAAGAAUUUGAAACCAUUUCAAAUAGUACUUGAACCCAGGUCUUAUUCUUACUAGUUUCACACCAGAUUGACUGACUGCUUAACCAUUGUGGAACACUAUGAUGCUACUGAAUAGCGUGAGAGAUAGAGAGUCGUUUGAGAGGAAAAACAGAGGGGGCGUUUGGUUCCAUCGUUUCACCUCGUUUGUGAGUGAGUGUGUGUGGUUGUUUGUUUUUUUUUCCUGGCAAGCACGAGCAUAAUUGAUCUGCAUUUUUCGAGGGCAUUGUUAGUUUUCCUACAUUCUAUAGGAUUAUGCUGAAUAUCCUAAUUGCCUGAAUUAGAUUUGUACAGAAGAGAUGUGACAUUUGAGGCAUUAACCCAACUAGAACAUUGUGUGUCUGGUUGAUAACUAAAUGUGAAUAAAAACGGGGAGACCAUGCAUGAAUAAGGCCUAUAGUUUAAAGAGAUAGUUCACUUCAAAAUGUGAACUCCCCCUUUAAGGUGCUGUUGGUGUUUCACUAUAGGUUCUACUUUCUAGGAAGCUGUCCAGAGUUGGACAUAGAGAACAGACAAUGGCAGGAGGAUCACGAUUAAAGAAAAAGCCAGUCCCUAUGCUUAAACGGUCUCAUUUUGCAGACUGUCCAUCCAUGUCCCUUUUGUACAUUGCUGUGUUGAAGUUGUGAACUGAAGGACUCUAAAGACAUGCUGUAAAGAACUGCUAUUAUUUUUCUUCUUGUUCUACUCCUCUACCCUCUCCUUUUUAUUUUUUAAAAAUAGUGUCAAAAAAGGUUCAUAGGACGAAUGGGAAAAGUAUUUUUGAAAGAAUUAUAUUUUGCUGGAAACAAUAUUUAAGUACUUUGUCUAAAAAUAAAAAACAUAACUUUUUUUGUAAAGUGAAAUGUUUAUGCAUGCUUUUUUUGAUGAGAUGUUUACAUUGUAUUUAAGAAGGGAAAAUUGUGCCUUUUUAUCUCACCUGAUUUAAAAUUUUACAGUAUAUAUUGUAAAUAAUAAAGUCAUUAUGUUUGAGUAGUGUAAAAAACAUUUAUACUUUAAAGGAAUAAUCCAGUCAAAAACUAUAUUUUGGUAUUGGUUUCAUGAGUCCACUGUUAGUGUAAAAAAAAUAAUAAACUACUUCAUCAGUCAAGUUUUCAAGAUGUAAGAUUUUCAAGAAGCAAAUGCUGUCGUGGGUGUGGGGGGUAAUUUUCAACUCGGAAUUCCAAGUGGGAAACUCUGGCAUAUUUCUAGAGCUCCGACUUUCUAACCCUGAAGAUCUCUGACAUGAUUUUACCCCAUUUUUUGUCUUGAAAGCACCAAAGUUGCACUUUGCUUAUUGAAAAACAUACAUCUUGAAAACUUGGCUGCUGACAUGCAAAAACAUUGAGACUGUAUCAACAGGGGACUAAUGAAACAAAUUAAAUAUAUCGUUUUUGAGUGGAUUAUUCCUUUAACUUACAUCUUGUUGGAAUAUCUGCAGUUCAUGCGGCUCCCACUUGUUAUCUUGUCGUUUUGGAUCAUAGAAAGAAAUGGCACAAGGUUCACACGGAAAAGCUAGCCUGCUCCCAGAUCUGUUUGUGCAGUAUUGUCAACUCUUGCCAGUCAUUGUGAUGCCAAACAUGAUAACGAUUGGCAGGAGUUGGCAAGACAGCACAAACAGAUCUGGGACCAGGCUACAAAAAAGCCAACGGGUUAGAGUGAGUUAUGAAAGUACCAAACAUUGUGACAGACACUUUACUACCUGAAUGUUAGAGAAAGAACAGAAAUGUCAUCUUUUUUUCUUCUUCCUUUACAAAUAAUGUUAACUGUUUAUCUGAUCUGGCAUUGUUUUGUACUUUUAUUUUGCAUUUUAUGUCAAUGUGACUUAAAAAAAAAUAGGCAAACAUAUGUAAUGUCUUUGUUACAGAGAGUAGACAGUACCAAACUAUGGAUCAAUGAGUUCUUGCUGUUGACAUGAUUAUCUCCCAAACCCCUUGGCGAUAUGUGAUUUAAUAGCACCACACAAAUCAAGCAAUCAAAAAAAAAAGAUUAAAGCUGAAAUACUGUAGGUUGAAAAUA